AGAUCAGAAACAGACCAACGGGAAGGAAAGAAGAGAAUUUUCGCCUUUUACUUUUGAGCAGCAAAACUACUCAUUGAAAAUGAAUAAACCGUGUGCUCGGUGUGGCUUUGACGUUUAUCCCGCUGAGAAAAUAGUUUGCAUAGACCAAACCUGGCACAAGUCCUGUUUCCACUGUGAGGUCUGCAAAAUGAUCUUAACGGUCAACAAUUUUGUCAGUCACCAGAAGAAACCGUACUGUCAGGCGCACAAUCCUAAAGUCAACAAAUUCACCAGUAUACUAGAUACACCCCUGAACCUGAACGUGAAAAAACAAAGCGAGUCCAGUGAGAUUAAGUACCGCGAGGAAGCUGAAAAAUUCAAAUCAGUUUUUCAUUGGGAUAUAAAGUCAAAGCAGAUGGAGCAUGCCUCUCAGGUUGGGAGACUUGCAAGUAAGGUGCAGUACACUAAGGCGUGGGAUGAAACAAAGGAAUCAUAUCACCUUCCACCAGAUAUGCCCUCUCUUCUUCAAGCACAGAAAAAUACAGAACUUGUCAGCAAGCAUGCUUACCAGGCUGCCUAUGAAGAAGACAAAAGUUGGUACUCUGCUUGCGUUACAAAUCCAGAGCUUGUACGAGUUGCCCAGGCUCAAAAAGCUAUCAGUGAUGUGGAGUAUAAACGUGGACAUGGAGAGUACAUUUCCCAGUAUGCUUCAGUGGUGGAUACUCCACAGUUACUACAUGCCAAAGCAGGAGGCAUAUUGGCCAGUGAUCUUAAAUACCAUGAAGACUAUGAAAAGAAUAUUAAGGGAAAUUGGAGCCAAGCAGCAGGUGCUCAAGUUGCUAUGACAAGAGAAAAUUCAGUAAAAUACAGUCAGCCUGAGGACGUUGCUGAUUAUGAGGAAACCAGAGGCAAAGGCAGUUUCCCUGCUAUGAUCACACCUGCAUAUUACAAUGCCAAGAGAGCUAAUGAACUUGCAAGUGAUAUAAAAUAUAAAAAAGAUCUUGCAAGGAUGAAGGGAUCAGCCCAAUACCACAUGCUAACUGCUGAAGAAGACUUAGCAAUGAAGCGUGUCAAGGAAGUUAACAAGCUUGUCAGUGAGAUAGAGUACAAGAAGGACUUGGACGCAUCCAAAGGUUACAGCAUUAACUACUGUGAAACACCUCAGUUCAAGAAUAUUGCCAAGUUAUCAAAAUUUACUAGUGAUCUCAAAUACAAAGAAGCUUACCAUAAUCAAGUGAAAGGCCAUUACGAAGGAGUUGGUAUGGACAGCCGCACGCUGCAUUGUAUGAAGGUUGGAAACUUAACAAGUGAUAGGAAGUAUAAAGCUGAUUUGGAAGGGGACAAAAUGCUUUGCUUUUAUGCAGCUGACCAGGCACCUUCAUACGAGACUCUGAAGAAACUUGUCCCAUUGAAAGAUAUGUACUACAGACAACAAGUGGAUAAGUUGAAGUAUGCAUCAGUAACAGACACUCCUGAGAUAGUACAAGCAAGAAUUAAUGCACAGCAGCUAAGCAAUUUGAAUUAUCGGGCACAGUAUGAAAAGACCAAAACCCAAUACACUUUGCCUCUUGAAGUUCCUCAUCUACUUAAAGCCAAGGCUAAUGCUGAACUGUACAGUGAUAUCAAGUACAAAGAAUUCUGGGAAAAGAAUAAAGGCAAGGGGUUUCAUGUGAAGUUGGAUUCGAUAGCCCUCUUAGCUGCCAAAGCCUCCGGGGAGCUGGCAAGUGAUAUAAAAUACAAAGAAGCAUAUGAGAAAACCAAGGGCAAAGCAAUGAGAAGCAAAGUAUAUGAUUCGAAGACUCUGCAUUCUCUGCGGGUUUCCAAGAUGAGCAGUGAGGUAGAGUAUAAGAAGAACUUUGUGGAAACAAACACCAAAUUCCACCUACCACUGGAUAUGGUCAACCUGACACAUGCCAAGAAAGCCCAGGCAUUGGCCAGUGACUUGUAUUAUAGGAAGAGGCUCCAUGACUAUACAUUGGAGCCAGAUGACAUGAAAGUGACAUGGGCAAAGAAAGCUUAUGGGUUACAGAGUGAGCGCAAGUACAGAGCAGAUCUGACAUGGAUGAAAGGUGUAGGAUGGGAGGCAGAACGAUGCCUGGAUGUGGAACAGGCGAGGAAAGCUGGGGACAUCCUGAGUGAGAGAAAGUACAGACAAAGAGUUGACGCGUUAAAAUUCACAAGUGUGGCAGACACUCCACAGAUUAUUCAUGCCAAGAAAAGUCAAGAUUUGCAAAGUGAUUUAACAUACAAGGCAACAAGUGAACAGAAUCUUCAUCAGUACAGCAUCAGCAAAGAUGAGCCAUUGUUCAGACAAGCCAAGGCAAAUGCUAAAUACCUAAGUGAUAAAAUCUACAAAAGUGACUGGGAGGCACAAAAAGGAAAGAGUUUUGAAUUGCGGUUGGACACUAUUGCAAUUCUGGAAGCAAAGGCAAAACGAGAUCUUGCAAGUGAUGUCAAGUACAAGGAGAUGCAUGAAAGGAUAAAGGGCAAGUUGAUAGGGGUGAAGGAUGUAAUGGGUGACUCUCAGAUGGCUCACUCUAUUCAAGCUUCCAAGUUGCAGAGUGACCUUGAAUACAAAAAGAAAUCCGAGGCAAUGAAAACAAAGAUCCACCUUACAAUGGAUAUGCUGGAAUUGGUACAUGCGAAACAAGCUCAGAGCCUGGCCACUGACAGGGACUACAAGAAGAGAUUUCAUCAGUACACUGUCCUACCUGGAGAUAUGAAAAUUGAAUGGGCUAAGAAAGCAUAUGCACUGCAAAGUAAUAACCAAUACAAGUCUGACUUGAAUUGGAUGCGUGGUGUUGGAUGGAUAACUUGUGGUUCUUUGAAUGCUGAACAGGCGAAGAAGGCAGGAGAACUGUUCAGUGAGAAGAAGUAUCGACAGCAUCCAUAUUCCCUGAAAUUUACAAGCAUAAUAGACUCUCCUCAAAUGAUACAAGCCAAGAUCAGUUAUAACCAGGCUGUGGAUAGAUUGUAUAGAGAAGAUGGAGAAAAUAUAAAGCAUCACUACACACUGACAAAAGACCUCCCAGAAUUUCUGCAAGCUAAAACUAAUGCUAUGAACAUUAGCGAGGUCCGUUACAGGGAGUCGUGGGCAAAACUACGGGAUGGUGGAUAUAAACUGCUUUUGGAUGCGAUUCCAGUCCAAGCUGCUAAAGCUUCCAGAGAAAUUAUUAGUGAUUACAAGUACAAAGAAGCAUUCGAGAAGGCCAAAGGUCAGAUGGUUGGAAUACAAAAGCUGGAAGAUGAUAUGAACAUUUCUCAUUCCGUUCAUGCAGCCAGGCUCAAUAGUGAUUUGAAGUACAGAAAAGAUUUUGAGGAGACAAAGACUAACUUCCAUCUACCUAUGGAUAUGGUGAAUCUUGUCCAUGCUAAGAAAGCCCAGGCUUUAGCCAGUGACCAGAACUACAGACAUGCCAUCCAUCAUUAUACAACACUACCCAAUGACUUGAGGGUGCAGUGGGCAAAGCAUGCCUAUGAUCUACAGAGCGAGAACCUUUACAGAUCUGACCUAAAUUUCAUGAGAGGAGUGGCUUGGAUUUCAACAGGGGCUUUGGGGAUUGAGGGAGUGAAGAAAGCAACUGCCCUCAUCAGUGAGAAGAAGUAUCGACAGCAUCCAUAUUCACUAAGGUUUACACAGGUGACAGAUUCGCCUGACCUGACUCGUGCAAAAUUAAGUAACAUCAUCGCCAAUGAGCGCCUAUAUAAAGCUGCAGGAGAAAUUGCCCAACAUCAUUAUACUCCAAUUGUGGGGUCACCUGAACAUAUUCGAGCAAGAAUUAAUUCAGCUAAUUUCAGUGAGGUGAAGUACAAACAGUCAUGGCUCAACCAACAAGCUCUUGGAUACAAGCUGACACUCGAAGCCAUUCCGUUCCAGAGUGCAAAAGCUUCUAGACAAAUAGCCAGUGAUUAUCUAUACAAGGAUACUUUUGUAAAGGAGAGGGGAAAACAUAUUGGUGCUCGAAGCAUUUUGGAUGACCCUAAGAUGUUGCACUGCAUGCAAAUCGGCAAGUUACAGAGCGAAAAGUUGUACAAGAAAGAAUCGCAAGACAGCAGAACGCAGUUCCACUUAUCAAUGGACAUGGUGAAUCUGGUGCAUGCUAAGAAUGCUCAGGCUUUGGCCAGUGACUUGGGCUACAAGAAGUUGAUUCAUUCUUAUACAGUUCUGCCGUAUGACAUGAAGAUGCAAUUGGCUAAAAAAGCCUAUAAUCAACAGAGUGAGGUACAAUACAGGUCGGAUCUGAACUUCCUUCGAGGUGUUGCGUGGAUGGCACAGGGCUCCCCACAGAUUGAGACAAUGAAGAAAGCUGGUGAACUUAUCAGUGAGAAAAAAUACAGACAACAUCCUGAUACCUUGAAAUAUACAAGUGUGAUUGACUCUGCAGAUAUCAUCCAUGCUAAGAACAGCUACCUGCAAUGCAGCGAUAGGUUGUAUCGAUCCAGAUAUGCCCAGUCAAUGCAUAGGUGUACAAUACCACCUGACCAUCCGGAUUUCAGGCGAGCAAGAAUCAACGCCUACAACAUUAGUGAUAAAGCUUACAGGACAUCUUGGGAACAGACGAGAGCACUGGGUUAUGACCUUAGAUUGGAUGCUAUUCCCUUCCAGACAGCCAAAGCAUCAAGAGAAAUAGCCAGUGAUUACAAGUACAAGGAAGCAUUUGUGAGAGAGAAGGGUCAGCAUAUUGGCUUCCGCAGUGUCAAUGACGAUACAAAAUUGAAGCACUUCCUGGCUGCCAGCAGACUCCAGAGCACCAAAGAAUACAAGAAACAAUUUGAAGAGGAUAAAUGCAAGUACAAGUUGCACUUGGAGCAACCAGGUUUUGUACAAGCUAAAAGGAGUCAGGAGCAAGCCAGUAACGUUAACUACAGGCAACAUUUACAUCAUUGGACAUGUGACCCUGAGCAGUUAAAUGUGAGGCAUGCCAAAGAGGCUUACAAAUUACAAAGUGAUGUUGCAUACAAAUCUGAUCUGAACUGGAUUCGUGGCAUUGGCUGGACACCCCCAGGUUACCAUAAAGUAGAAAUGGCGAGGCGUGCAGCUGACAUGGCCCAUGCACAAGGGCUGGAUCCUCGAGAUGCGGCCAUUCAGUUUGAACAAUUCAUGCACGCUCAGGCAGACAGAAGUACAGAAGAAUCUCAGCGGACAGAUGUGAUGCCAGAUGCAACUGAGAUGCUUCAAGUAAAAAAGCACAAGAUGAAACUCACUAAAUAAUGAAACGCUAACACUGCUAAUUGCUGUUCUCGUUGUUAAAUGGCAUACUUUUCCCCCAGAUUAUAUAUAAACUAUAUUUACAUUUUGUUUUAAUUUUUAGUUAAAAGCUGCGUACAUAAUUAAUGCACCUUCUGUAUUGCAAAAUACUUGUUCAUUUUCCAUGCACUCCUAUGUAUUAAACAGUUUAACUUAUAACUUUAAGUGAAAACAUAUGCAUUGAAAAUUAUUGAAGUGUUAAACUUUGUAUUUAUACCAUAUGCAAAUUAUUUUACAAUAUUGUCUAUGGUGGUGUUGACUAACCACUGGUCUGCAGUAUUGAAGUGACUCACUUUUGCACAGGGCCAAAAUCUAUUCAGUGAGUACCCUAAAAAAAGUACUAAGGGGAGAUUUCCUCCUUGGGUGACAAAUGAUCAUGUUGUUGGAGAUGUGCCAAUGUAACUGGCAGCCAUUUUUACAUUUGGACCUGAUUAACAUUAUUACAAUGAGCUAUGGAGUUGUUCCCCUUCCGUUCAGCUAUGUUGUGAUGUGGAGAAUCAACUGAUGGGCAGGAGGUUGGUGGGGAGUGGGCGUGGGACAAUGCAGGAGAAGAGAAGUGUAGGGGCAGCAACAGACCAGAAGAAUUUUAUGAGACUUGGAGGAAUGCUCACUUUAUUUAGGAAGGCCUUCAGCAAUCCUUUUUAAGAGUUGCCAGUUCAUCUCAUGAUUCUUAAAGAAUGUGCAUACUUUGAGCUCCACCUGUUUCAAAAAAGACUGCAAUCCGGAAUCUACAACAGGCAUGGGGGUCCAGACUUGUUUAUUUAGACAACAUUCAACUAGUAUUAACCAAGAAUCCAAUAAUUGAAGCAGGCAAUUGGAUACAAAUUGGAAUAUAAUUAAUGAUUUGCAUUAGAAUAUAGGAAGUAUGAUUAAGAAGUUUGCAAAUUAUGUAAAAUUUGGCUUUGUGGUUGAUAAUCGUGAAUAAAGCUCUUGUCUGCAGGAGGGACAGCAAUGGACUAUACAGAUGGGUGGAGCAAAGGCAAGUUGAGUUCAAUCCAGAGAAGUGUCAGGUAAUUCAGUUGGGGAUGGUGAACAUGGUAUGGUGAUGCACAGUAAACAAUCAAGUACUCAGAAGUGGAGAGGAACUAAAGAAUUUUGGAGUAUCCAUAUAGUCCUAAAGGUGGCUGGAUGAGGAGUUAUGAUGGCUAAGAAAGACAUAUGGGAUAUUUGCUUUAAUUUGCCAAGGAAUUGAACUGUUGAUAGAUUAUGCUGGAAGUGUUUAAAACAGUAGCUAGGAGGUGGUUGGAGUACUGCACGCAAUUCUGAUCACCUCAGUGUGGAAAAGAUGUGAUUUGUAAUUGAGAGGGAUGUUGCGUGGAUGGGACAAUUUUAUGUGAGUGUGGAUUGUGUGGGCUAGGGUUGUUCUAUUUCAGAAUAGAGGAGAUAUAAUUGAAAUUUUCAAAAGUUAUGAGGGAUCUGGAUAGAAAGGAGAGGAAGGACAUAUUCCCCUUUGUAGAGGAAACCAUAACUGGGAUUUGUGAAUUGUAAUAGCCGUAGAAGAUUCAGAAGAGAUUCGAGGGACAACUGUUUUCAGAAAUAGCAUUAUGGUGAUCUAGAACUCACUGCCUGAAAUGGCAGAAGCAUAAAUCCUUAAAACAUUUUAAAAGUACUUGGAUGCGAAUUUAGUUUGCUGUAAUUUAUAAGACUAUGGAUCAAGGUCUGGGAAGUGGGAUUAGGCUGGAUGAUGACUCAUCAGUCCCCAUGGAUGCAAUGGGCUGAGUGAUCUCAUUCCCUGUUGUAAGUCUCAAUGAUUCAGUGAUUCCAUCGCACCAGAUUUUACCUUUUGUAAGUCACCUGGUUUCCAGGUUGGGCACUAAGUGACUAUCAGUUGAGAAACUCUCGUGAUUAAGUUUACUUUGGGUGCUUUUAUUCACCUCUUCUUAAGCACACAUUUUCUACCUUGAAAUCUCUUUCUCAUAUUCCAUCUCCAGGGAAUUAAUGAGAGAGCUGCUUCUUGUAAAGGUCAUUAGUGAACAGAUCAGUUUUUACAGCAAACCAUGAUAGUUUCAUAGUCACCAUUACUGAGACUGGAUCUCAUUGUCAGAGUUUGUUAAUUGAAUUUAUCCUGCUUUGGUAGGAUUUGAAUUUUAUCACUCCAAGUAUUAGCCUGGGCCUCAGGAUUACUAGUCCAGUCACAUCACCACAACUCUAUCAGCUCCUUCCCCCUCAAUAUUACUUUUAUUUCUCUUACUAUGCGGGAAGGAUUGGUCUCCUCUCUGCCUUUAUCCAGGAUGGCUCUCAUCUUCCAACACUUGAGUUAUAAUGUGAGGGUAGUUUAAUGUUCUGUCUAUUAUGCCAUUGUGCACUGUGCAUCAUGGAGCUGUGCCAAAUGUUUCCUACUCAGAUGAACUGGCAUAACCAUUGCUUUACAUGUUGGUUUCAAAUCCUGAUUCUGAUAAGAUUUUUUUUCAUCACAGUGGGGGAUAUGAUGGGUGGUAGUAUUGGGAUCGGUGGGUGUUUGUAAUAUCUGUGCAGUUUUGAAGAAUUGAUUGUCUAACCAUGUAUGAAGUGAAAUGUAGAAAGAUGUGCAUAUUUUCCAGAGAAGGUAAAAAAAUAAAAAACAAUCCUAAAAUGA